GACACAAACUGCCGCAAAUCGUCGCGAAUCUUCGUUCCCGGUAGAAACAAAAAUGGCGGCCCUGGCGUCGGUCGUUACCUAGGCUUGCAAGACAAGUUUUUAAACGAAAGUUGUUGCAUUUUUGCACACUUCUGAAGUACAUGGGCAUUAUUCACAGUUCGAACGGGACUUCUGGAUUUGAAACUUCGUGCUUCGGGAAGCUGAAACAGGUAACUAAUGUGUUUUUGUUGGGAGAAAAUCCGUCAUUCUUCAGCGAGAAAAGUUUGUGUAGGUUGCUCGACAACGGCCAAAACAUCAAAUGUCAUUAGUCGUGGCUUGACUUUCAAAGUUCAGGUGCUUAUUGAGUUUCUGUAGACAGACCUGUGUGUAGGAGGUCCCAUCAGAGUGCCUACAUGGCAUGUGCACAGGAGACAGGCACCUCCUCACUCUACAGAUUCCCAAGGGACGUUACCGUAAGGGACAUGGCGUCACCUCCGCCAAAGGGGAACGUGUGCAUCACGGAGUAUGCAGAGGACGUCAUCAACCCAGAACCAAUCAUGAUCGAGGACUCAGAGGAACUGGUAGACGAGUACCUUUCCCCUGGUAGAUUGAAAGCAUUAACUGGGGUGGAAGACUUGGAUGAAGUCCAGAAUUUGGAGAUGGCUGUUGACACCAGAGAGAAUAGCCUGGGGAACUUUGGUUCCCUGCUGCCCAAGCUGCAGCAGCUGCGGCUGAACAACAGCGUGAUCGCGUCCGUGCGAGACCUGGGCACGUCCCUGCGCUACCUGCAGGUGCUGUGGAUGGCCAGGUGUGGGCUGCAGGACCUGGACGGCAUCAGCUCCAUGUCUGCUCUCAGGGAGCUGUACCUGGCCUACAAUGACAUCAGUGACGUGUCCCCCUGUAGUCUGUUGGAGGAACUGCAGGUUCUGGACCUGGAAGGAAAUAACAUAGAUGAUGUUGCUCAGGUGGAGUUCCUGGCCCUGUGUCCCAAGCUGACCACCAUGACCCUGGAGGGGAACCCUGUGUGUCUGGCACCCCAUCCUGAUGCUGAGACGACUGACUUGUAUGACUACCGAGACACCAUCAAACAGUCCGUGCCAACCCUGCUGUACCUGGAUGAUGAGCCACUCUCCUCCAACCGCAGCCUUCUCUCCAAACCUACCACUGUCAGCGCCGAGCGACUGGUCGUCAACGAGUCAAUCAAGGAGAGCUUAGGGUCAAAUGAGGACAUUGAUGAUGGAGAUGGGAGACCAUCAUCAGGUUCCAGUAGACCUGGCUCUGCCAGGAGACCGGGCUCAGCCAGACCAGGGUCGGCCCGACGGAGACCGGACUCUGCUGUACCCAGGUUAGGGACAGCAGCACGCCCGGCCAGCGCUCGACCCGGCACUGCUGUCAGACCGGGGACAGCUGCAGCUGGCGCACAGAGGCCGGAGACGGCAGGAUCAGAGGACUUUGAUCUGGAUGCAGAGCUAAGUGAUCUCACCAGAGGAGAAGUAAUAUGUGGCCUUCCUAGCAGGGCACUGAAGACUAGGAAAGGAAAGCUCCCCUCCCCCCUGGCUGCCCUCCCCACGGUGGAGCAGAUCCAGGCCUCCCCCUUCAGCCACCUGCUGCACAGACCCGAGCACACGUACGACGAGGCCUUUGAUGCAGACGUGUCCAAGGAAGACCUGUUCGCUGAGCUGAAAGCCUGGAGGCAGGAAUAUGAAGGGAAAAUCAAGCAGAGGUAUGUGGAGAUGAGGGAACCACAGGUGUUGAAGAUUUCCCACGACGAGGCGGCGGACGUAGAGGACGGCUCGGACGCCUCUGUCUCCGACGACGACGUGGAACUUCCCGUGGACGAAGACUCACAGUUGUACCUCCGUUCCCAGUCCCCUGUCCAUGUACCGUCUCCACCCUCCACCUCCCCUGUCUAUCGCCCCUCCCCUCCCCCCUCCUCACCCACACACCGACCUUCCCCACCCCCCUUGUCUCCUACACACCAUCCCUCCCCACCCCCUAGAUCGCCCCAAGGCCCCCCUUCCUCGCAAAGGCUGCUUCCAUCAAAACCACUGCUGAGUGACGGGGUAGUUAGACCUCGCACUGCUGCUGACUUCCGAGUGCGACGAUACCGGCCGCGCACGAAGGAGGAGACUGACGUCGAGAGACUAAGAUCGUCGGCGCCGAAGGAAGACACGAGGCCACCGGUAUCUAACGAAAGGUCACAGGUCAGAGAUGGAAGAGUGUCGGGGAGAGAGCAGGGGACAAGAGCGAAAAGUGAGGUGUCCUCACCGGAGCAGGACACGAGUCCGCAGGCUGGGCCUGCUGUACGGACCAGGACUUACAGUUCUGAUGACAGUGCAGACGGACAGGGUGCUAGGAGAGCUUCCCCCCGCCGCAACCGCAAGAGUCGGGAGCAGCGUCAGCUCAUCUACGAGCGGGAAGACGCCAGGAUUAGCGAAAACCCAGCAGCCGCACAAAAAACAGAAAAACCGGCUGCCAGACCCACACGGACCCCACCGACAGAGGCCAACCCCACCCAGCCAGUCAUCCGCUCCACUCACACCCCGCCCAGGCGGCAGCUCCCGACCGUCCCCCGCCCCGCCACCGCACGCGCUGCCAUGAUGUCGCAGAGAUUACCCAACCGGCUACCCAGUAAAAACAAACCUCCCACGUGAGGGAACUCUGUUAGAGAUUAGGGUCCCUUUCCACUGGGUUUCCAAAAUCGAGGUAGGCUAGUGGGCUGGGUUAGUGGGCUGGGCUAGUGCCCUC